AUGGAGUCAUUUGAUAAUGAAAGAACAGAGAACUAUUUGGGCCAAGAAGGAGAAUCAGACAAAGGAAGCAGCAACACCUUGGUGGCCAAGGUGGCAGAAUUAAGGAAGAUAAAGGAAAAGCUAAAGAGAGCCAAGGAUAAAGCCACAGAAUCAUGGUUACACUCCAAACCUCUUAUCGAUGAGCUUGAAAUGCUAAAAUCAGACCUCGCCACUGCUCAAAAUCAAUGUACUAUUUCUGAUCAUGUGAUUUUGGAGCUUGAAUCACAACUUGAGACCAUCAUCAUAGACAUCAGAUCCAAGAGAGAGGGAGAACUCAAGGCCACGAAGAUGGUCAAUGAAGUGAACCAAGCUCUGGAACAUGUGCGUGAAGAGUUGGAACAGUUGAAGGCAGACAAGGAUGAAGAGCACAGAGCAAGAUCAAAACUAAAACAAACCUUGCGGCUAAGGAGGCAGACUCUUCGAACGUUGCAACUCACACUUCGAGCCGUGCGAAUAGAAUCAGAAACUUUUGGGGCAUCAGCAGCAGAAGCUCUUCGCUACAUCAAUCAUCCAGAAUCAGACAGUUCCCCAGUACAACUAACACAGGAAGACUACUAUGCCCUAAAGAGAAGAGCUAAAGAAGAAACAACAUUGGCAGAUUGGCGGGUUUCUGUAGCCGUGGAACAAAAGGUUACAGCAGAGGCAGGGAAAAACUCAGCUUUAAAAAGACUAAAAGAAACACAUCCUGACAAGAGAUUAAGGAGGAGAACAGCAGAGGACAAGAAAGUCAUAGAUGAAGAAACAAAACAAGAGGAGGCAGGACAUCAAGACUUGACUAAGCAAGGAGUAGACAAGGUCCUUAACAGAGGAUUUGCAUUCCCAAAAGCUCGAGCCAAAGCAAUUGCUGAGUAUAAGCAAGGGAAGCCACAACAGAUAAGCAAGUCAAAAAGCAGGAAAAAUAAAGAGUCUAAAAUGAAAAAGAAAAAAUCAAAAGGAAGAAAAGACAAUUCUGCAUUAACAUUCAUUCAAGUUUGA